AUGUUGUUUGGCAAGGUAGCGGCGGUUCAUCUGCGCUGCGCAGCACGUUGCCUCAAUCUGAUUGUGCAAGCCGGCCUUGCUGUGGCGAUGGGAUCGAUUGAUGCCAUUCGCAACUUUGUGAACUUUGUGCGCCGGUCUAGCGAGCAGAGGCAGCAGCUGAACGCGAUUGCGCGGACAGUAAAGGAGGAUGCGGAGCAUGCAAGAGCUAAGCUACAGCUGGUGACAAUUGAUCGAUCUGCAGAUGUGGAUACGCGCUGGAACUCGUGCUACACCAUGCUCCAAAGUGCUAUUAAACUGGAGGUGCCAAUUGCGCUCUAUCAGUUAAAGCACCGGGCAGAAGCUUAUGGAUAUCCACUCUCGACAUCUGGCUUCGAGAAUGCAAAGGCCCUAUCCAAGUUUCUUGCUCCCUUUGAAAAGAUCACCACUGCUAUGAGUGCAGCCUCAUAUCCUUCAUUGCGUAUGUUGGUGACGUUCUUCCAGUUCGAAAAGAAGCACAUUGACAGUACCCUUGCAGAAACAGACAAUGCAGCCUUCAAAAGCGCAGCUCAAGCAAUGCAGACCAAGCUUGCUAGCUACUAUGGGUUGGUUGUUUCAUUGCCUGCUUUGAUCGCGAAUUGUCUGGAUCCUAGAUACCGCCUGAAGAACGCGCCAAGGGAGUCGGUUGCGAAGACGCCGAUGACGUUUGAGGAGGAGCUUCAUCGCGCUGAUGUCCAAGCUGCAGCUGCCCCGGUCAUCAUCCAGCAGCAACUGGACGUCUACCUCAAGAUGGAAAACAAGUCAUUCAGUGCUGAUGUACUUCAGUGGUAA